AUGGAAUUUUUGGGAUUUCUCCUCAACUCCCAGGCAAUGAUGCUGGCUCUGCCAAGGGACAAAGUCAGAAAGGUAAAGAAAGAAUGUCAAAGUGCUCUAAAUCACCCUCAGAUCAUGGUGAGAGAGCUGGCCAAAGUGUUAGGCAACUUGACCUCUACCAUUCAAGCUGUCUUUCCAGGUCCCCUCCACUUCCGCCACUUGCAGGGAGACAAAAACAAAGCCCUUGCUCAUCUGCGUUCAUAUGACUCCCUGGUUCAGCCUUUCCCCCAGGCAUUAGAGGAGCUAAUAUGGUGGAGGGACAAUUUAGAUGCGUGGAAUGGGAAGAGCCUCGUAUCCGCACCUCCGGAUCUCAUAAUAGAAACAGAUGCAUCCCGCAGGGGCUGGGGGGCCUUCUGCAUGGGGGUUGCUACAGGAGGUCAGUGGUCCCAAGGAGAAUCUCGGUUACACAUCAAUUGUCUCCAGCUCCUAACAGUAGCCUUUCCAAUACAGACCUUUGCAAGACCCAAAGCUCAAAUAAAAGUUGGCCUACUAAUGGACAAUGUUUCUGCAGCCCAUUACAUCAACAGAAUGGGGGGAACAAAAUCACCAGUCCUAGCCCGUCUAGCCAUAGAUCUAUGGGAAUGGUGCUUGCAACACAAAAUUCAAGUAGAGGUGCAGUAUCUUCCUGGGGUCUUAAACAUAAGGGCAGACAGGGAGUCCAGGGUCAUGUUAGAUCUUCACGAUUGGAAAUUGGACCCAUUAGUGUUUGCGGAGGUAAAUCAGUUGUGGGGGCCCCUAGAGGUGGACCUGUUUGCAUCAUGUCUGUCAACCCAGCUUCUUCACUUCUACAGCUUGAGACAAGACCCUCAGGCAGAAGCAGUGGAUGCUUUCUCCGAAGACUGGAGCUUGGUAAACGGAUACACAUUCCCCUCUUUUGCACUCAGGCAGGUGCUUCAAAAAGAUUCUAGAUCAACAGGUUUUCUUUCUAGUUCUAGUGGCACCUGUAUGGCAAGCUCAGCCUGGUACCCCUUGUUCCUAGAAAUGUGUGUUGCCCCUCCAGUUCUCCUUCCACAGUAUCCGGGCCUGGUAACUUGUCUGGGGGAAGUACACCCCUUCUCAAACCUACAGUUAGCCAGGUGGCUACUGCCAAGCAAUCCUACUCUGAGAAGGGAAUUUCAGAAGGGGCUCAAAACCUCUUGGUUACAGCCUGAAGGGGACCUCAUCAGCCUAUUCAUCAGCUUGGGGAAAGUGGGAUAG